AAGACGUGUUAGAAUAAACUUAAUUAUUUAUAUAUAUAAAAAAAAGUUAUAUAUACCGAGCAUAUGCACCAAACUACUAUCAUAUCACACUUUUCUUCAAAUCUCCUGCACUGACAUUCUUUCUUACUAUAACAAUCAAGUUUUAAGUUUUUGUUUCAUUCAUGGCGACAAUAUCAUCUUCAAUUUCUGCUGAGUUCAGUGGUGAGAAUGGGUACGCAGAAAUCGACUGGGACAAUAUAGGAUUCAGCCUAACGCCCACAGAUUAUAUGUACAAGAUGAAGUGUUCCAAAGAUGACGAGUUUACACUUAUAGAGGCUAAUCUAAUUCCAUACGGAAACAUUGAGUUGAGCCCUGCUGCUGGUGUUUUGAACUAUGGACAGGGUCUAUUUGAGGGAAUGAAAGCAAUAAGGAGAGAAGAUGGAAAGCUAGUCUUAUUCAGACCCGAAAAAAACGCGUUACGCAUGAAAAUAGGCGCCGAAAGAAUGUGCAUGCCUUCUCCUUCUGUAGAUCAAUUCGUUGAUGCAGUGAAGCAAACUGCUCUUGCUAAUAAACGAUGGAUUCCUCCUCCGGGGAAAGGCUCACUUUACAUUAGACCUUUGCUUCUAGGAACUGGACCGAUCCUCGGUCUAUCCCCGGCUCCUGAGUACACAUUUCUUAUCUAUGCUUCUCCUGUUCGCGAUUAUUUUAAGGAAGGAAGCAAGGCUUUGAACUUGUAUGUCGAGGACCAAUUUGAUCGUGCAUCUCGUGGUGGUUCUGGUGGUGUGAAAUCGAUUACCAACUAUGCGCCAGUUUUGAAACCUAUGAUUAAGGCAAAAGACAGAGGAUUUUCAGAUGUCCUAUAUCUUGAUUCUGUGAGCGGAAAAUAUAUUGAGGAAGUUUCUUCCUGCAAUAUUUUUAUUGUCAAGGAUAAAAUAAUAUCGACCCCAACUAUAAAUGGCACCAUUCUCCCUGGAAUAACAAGGAAAACCAUCAUUAAUAUUGCUUGUGAUCAUGGUUUUAAGGUUGAAGAACGACAAAUUGCUGUGGAGGAAUUGCUCGAAGCAGACGAAGUUUUUUGCACCGGAACUGCUGUUGUAGUUGUGCCCGUGGGAAGCAUCACAUACCAAGGCAAAAGGGUAGAAUACAAUACAACAGAUACAAAUUCAGUGAGUAAGAAGUUGUUGACAACAUUUGUCGCGAUUCAAAAUGGUCAGGUUGAAGACAUCCAUGGUUGGCUAGUCGAAAUUAAUUAAUUAAGGUGUAUUGUUUCUUCUAAGCAUGAAACAACCCUUCAAAACUUCAAUUGAACAAAUAAAUGUAGUUCAAUACUCGAUUGUAUUACGCAAAUUUUCUUGUAGAUGAAAUCAAGCUAUGAAGAUCAUGUUAUUUUAUACACUAGUAAGGCCGUGGUUAAAUAAUAAUAAUAAUAUACACUAUUUUGAGCG